AUGAUAAUCAAAUCACAAAAGGAGAGAAUUACAUUAGAAGUAUUACCAUUUGGAUUGACUGUUCAUAAAUUACUAAUUAAAUCGAACGAUGGCAGCCUUAUUGAUAUUAUACCAGGUCCAGAGAAUGCUCAAGAUCACAAAGAAAGUAGAACAUUUUUGCAUACAAUUAUAGGAAGAUACACAAAUAGAGUACCAGUAGAUAACCAUAAGAUUGCUUCAGGCGCGGUUGUACACCCAGAACCUGUCGAAAGUGAAAUCGUAUCACAUCACGGAGGUAUAGACGCCUUUGAUAGAAAAACUUUCGACGCUAUCACUUUAGCACAGUCGCAGUUAUACGGUGAUAAGGACAUACCAGAGAAUUUCACCUUCCAAUUAUUCAAAUUAGUCUCAGAUGAUGGUGAGAACGGAUAUCCUGGUAAAAUGCUAGUUGAAGCUGCAUUCUUUGUUAGCGAUGGUUCUGUAAUUCUCACACAUCGUGCUAAAAUGCUCGAUGAUAAGCCAUGUCCGAUUAACCUCACUCAACACUGGGGAUUUAAUCUCACUGCAGACAAAAUCCGUUCUUCUACUAUAGGCGAUCAUUUGCUCUAUUUAAACUCAAAAAGUAUUGCUGAAACUUCAGAUUCUUCAAACCUAGCAUUGGGUUCAAAAGUUGAUAUUGAUGGUACACCAUUUGACUUCAAUAAGUUGAGAAAAAUCAAUGAGAAGGAAAUAAUUCAAGAUCAUUAUUACUUCUUCAACAGGGAUGGCAGCAAAAUCGAUAGAACAAUUGCACAGUCAGAGAAUGAUAUCAUAUCUGCACAGAGUAUUGCAAAUGACAAACAAGAAACUCAAUUGCUCCUCAAAAGCGAUGAAAUCAGUUUGCACUUCACGACUAACCAGUCAGGUGUGAUGUUUUACGCUGGUGGUGGCUUCGAUGAGAGUGCACCAAGACGCAAAACCUGUCACGAAGACGUGAACAAUAAGAAUGCAGCAUAUCCAAAAAAUGGAUGUGCAUUCUUUGAAUUCCACCACCCGUUGUCUACUUUCCUUCACCAAGAAUAUCAAGAAGAUGCAAAAACAACUACCAUAUUAAAUAAAGAUGAAGGUAAUAUAUAUCAAAAUUGGGUUAAAAUUGAUAUAGCUUGAUAAAUAAUCUACUUUCCAAGACGUUUCCUUUCUGCGCGUUGUGCCUUCCUACGUUUCCUAUACUUGUGCUUGUUCAUCUUACUCUUUCUCUUUCUCUUUACACUAUCCAAAUUGAUAUCUAAUCGCUCACCCAAUCCAAUUCUAUGUAAGGCAGAUUUAUAAUCCGCAAUUUCAGUAAUUUUAACUUUAAAUAAAGCGCAAUCUAGCUCGUCUAGUAUAGAAUCGACUUGUUCAUCUGUUAACUUAUGACUGACUUGAUUAGAAGAUUCUAAGGGUGGGUUGCUAAUAAACAAUGGUCUGUGUCCAGCAACGAAGGUUUCAAAAGCGAGAUUUUGCUUAUUCUCCAAGGAUUUAAAAACUGAGUCUUCAGGUUGCUCCUUCAAGUAGAGUGUUCUAUCAAAUGAGUUUAUAGAAGAGUGGCACCUAGCAGAUGCUACUCUAGGUGCUCUUAAUACUGCCCUAGCUCUAUUGAGCAUAAUGCAAUUUUUAUAUCUUGAUAGUUCAACUUCAAGAGACGACUGCUUCUUUAUUUCAAAAUGCCACGACAAGUUAUCCAACGGGUUUUAAAUGGAAAUAUUUUUAGCUUUUUCAAUAGAAAUAUAAUUAGAAGUUAUUACAAACCAACUUUCUCAAACUUAUCUUCUUCUUUCUUCGAUAGACGGCCAAUCGUUUCACCAAUACUGAAU